AUGCUAAGUAAUGCCCUCGUGCUCAUCCCUAGGCAUACCAUCCUCUGGGAACCAAACAUCCCCGAAAAAUUGGACUGCUACGCUGAAGCGCUCGACAAGCAAUCCCGCGGUUUCGCCGUCAUAUUCCACCACGAGAAAUUCGACGGCCGUCGCCUCCCUGCCCGCCCGGAGGUGAGGAAGGACGUGGAGAACUUGACGCGCGUUUUCGUGGAGAGGGGAUUCACCGUCAAAGCAUUCAAGGACCUCCGCUACGAGAGCAUCAAGAAGGAAUUGAUCGACAUUGCCAGCUCGAAAGAACUCAAAAAUCACGACUGCUUCAUUUUGUGCUUUCUAUCUCACGGGAAAGAAGGCCGCCUUUAUGCCAAGGAUAAAUCCUUCGACGAGAAGAAACUGUGGAAUCGAUUCUACGACUGUGAAGCUCUCGUCGGGAAACCGAAACUCUUCUUCAUUCAGGCAUGCAGGGGAAACUAUUACGACGACGGCAUGAAGGGAAAUGCAAUCAGUACUGACAGCUCACGGAUUGACACACUCGACCACGACGGGUGGGAAGGCGAUGAAGACUUUAAGGGCGAGUACCACCUCCCUACCCACGCCAACGUCCUCAUCGCCCACGCGACCUACGAAGGACACGUUGCGUGGAAAAGCGAGAACGUGGGGUCGUACUUCGUCUACACCGUGUGCAAGGUCUUGGAGAAGCACUCCGAGACUAUGGACGUGAUGACGAUGCUCACGAUUGCGGCGGGCGUCAUGGCCGAGGACUUCAUGUCCGUGAGCGACGAUCUACAAAAACAC